GGCAUCAGGGAAACACGCUGCUCUAUGAAUAACGACAUGGGCUCUGGAGACAGUUUGAGGAAUGCUGCUGUGCUGAUUGGAGUCUAUGCAGUUUUGACGGUUCAAGCUGUUCCGACAUUUACUGGUGAUAAUACAGAUGCAGGUGAUCUGAGGGAUGACAUAACUGAGAUCAAUAGAGGGUUAAACCACCUGUUUGAGGGAGACAUUGCUGGUAAUCCCGGCAGAAAUGCAAUCCUCGAUCAAACAAGAAGAUGGAAGUUUCCCAUCCCCUAUAUCUUAACUGACUCUUUAGAACUGAAUGCUAAAGGUGUGAUCCUCCAGGCUUUUGAGGAAUACCGUUUGAGAUCCUGUGUAGACUUCAAACCAUACGAGGGAGAGACCAGCUACAUCUCCUUCACCAAACUGUCUGGAUGCUGGUCAUAUGUUGGAGAUGAUAAAAAAGGCCAGAAUGUGUCCAUUGGGGCCAGGUGUGACACUAAGGCCAUUGUGGAGCAUGAACUCCUCCAUGCUCUAGGCUUUUAUCACGAACAGUCUCGCUCAGACAGAGAUGACUAUGUUAAGAUCUGGUGGGACCAGAUUGAAGAAGGGAUGGAGCACAAUUUCAAUAAGUAUGGGGAUGACAUCAUAACUGAUCUGAACACGGCAUAUGAUUAUGAGUCAAUCAUGCACUAUAGGCCGCUGUCUUUUAACAAGAACAACAGCAUCCCCACAAUCACCACCACCAUACCAUACUUCAAUGAGGUCAUUGGUCAGCGGCUGGACUUCAGUGCUGCUGACAUCACCAGGCUCAGCCACAUGUACAACUGUGCCAGCACACACACUGUCCUGGACCAGUGCUCAUUUGAGCUGAUCAACAUCUGUGGAAUGAUCCAGAAUGAGGAAGACAAUGAAGACUGGGUACAGACGUUGAGCAGUCCAGCUGAUACUGAUCACACCCUGGCAGGGCGCUGCAGAGAGUCUGGCUACUUCAUGAAGUUUGACACAUCUUCCGGUGCAGUUGGCAGCAGUGCCAUGCUGGAGUCACGUAUCCUCUACCCCAACAGAGAUGAACAGUGCUUGCAGUUCUUCUACAAGAUGACUGGAGCAGCUGGGGACAAACUGGUGAUAUGGAUCAGGACUGAUGACGGGACAGGGACUGUGCGCAGUGUCAGGAAAAUCCACACCAUCACUGGUGACGGAGAUGACACCUGGAAAAUAGUCCAUGUGACUCUCAAGGUGACAGAGAAGUUCCGCUAUUUCUUCCAAGGCGUCAGAGGAUCAUCCAAAUCCUCAGGUGCUGUCUUAAUUGAUGACAUCAGUCUUACAGAGACCGGUUGUCCCAAUGCUGUCUGGCAAAUCCACAAUUUCACCGGCUUCCUCGCCACCACUCCUCUUGGCAGUCCAGUUAAAAGCAAGUGCUUUUACAACUCGGAGGGCUACUCAUUUGGUAUCAGUGUUUACCCAAAUGGAAGAGAGAAUGCUUACUCAGACUAUGUUGGCAUGAGCUUGCACCUCUGCAGUGGGGAAAAUGAUGCAGUAAUGCAGUGGCCAGCCAAAAACAGGCAGGCAACUAUCGUUGCCAUGGAUCAGGACCCUGAUAUUAAACUGAGGAUGUCUUCUACAAGAAGUUUCACCACAGACUCUGAUUCCCGCUGGAACAAGCCAACAAAUACUUCAGGAGCAGUGUGGGAUGCCAGCUGCCAGUGCUUCCGCAGUAAAGACUUUGGCUGGAGCACAUUCAUUUCUCACAAGCACCUGCACAGAAGGAGCUUCCUCAAAAACAAUGACCUCAUCAUUACUGCUGACUUCAAUGAUUUGACCCACUUGAUAAAGACUGAGGUGCCUGUCAAACCGGCUACAUCAAUUAAUGACAUCACAGAUGAGAAGCCAGUCAGUGAGGUGGAAAUGCGACCUGAGGCUCCAAAUCACACAGAAGCACGUGCUACCAACACCUGUCAUCCAAACCCUUGUUUUAAUUGAGGCUUGUGUGUGGAGAAUGAAGGGAAAGCCUCAUGCAGAUGUGUGACAAGCCAGACCACCUACUACACUGGUAAAAGAUGUGAGGAAAUGAACAUAGAAGCAUUCUGUGAGCUCUGAUUGGGUUUGCAGCCGGGACAGCAGGUCUGACACUGGCCAUCUUCACCAUUAUCAGGAGAGCUCAGUGAAACACAUUUUAAUGUGUCCUCUGCAUUCAAUCAGCAGUGAAAUCACAGCAAAAAUAAUUCCAAAUACUGCAGGGAAAUAUGCAAAUGCAUCACAGGUCUAUCUCUGCUACAUCUUCACAUUAUAAGAUUUACACACUUUUUUCUGUAGACAGAGCCUAGAGGUAAGGCUUUCCAAAUCUAGACACCCUCCCCCCAAAAAAAGCAAAAUAAUUAAUACAUUCAAUAAGUAAUAAUGGUAAAUAAAAAAUAAAACUUCAGCCAAAAGUAACUAUAUGUAGUCAUGUAAAUUCUUUCUGAAAAAUGGAAGUUUGGAUUGAAAUAUCUAAAUUAUGCAGGUGUGAACAACAAUAAAAGACUUUAUAUUCGUUGUCUUCAUUUCAUUACAUUACAUAUUUUGAGAUACAUAUAGUGGUUAUACACACAUAGUUUACAGGUUAUGGUUCAUGUUAAAUGGUGUACAUUUACAGACUUUUCUGUUAGAUUAAAAUUGUCAAACCAAGCCAGACAUAUUAAAAAAAUAUCUAUUUUGUUCUGUACACACUCAGCACUUACAAUAUGGGUGUACAGAAUGCACAACAGAUUAAAAACAUCAGUGUUCUAUUUAAUGGGCUUUAGUUAACAAUUAACCUGGUUUAAGGACAACCAUCUACACCUUUGUAGCUGCUAAGAACUAUAAUCUAACACAAAGCAAGCUCUAAGACAUGUUCUCUUGUAGGCUACAAGUGGAGCUGCAUAAAUGUACUAUACUUGUGAGUCGCUGUUUCUGUUUUCACAAUCUGAAAUGUAGAGAUGAUGCACUAUUAAGGACAUUUAUAGACUCGAUUUAAAAACUCGAAAAAUCUUUUCAGCUUGCAUGCGGUG